GGCACUCACCUCGAUUCCGUGAUGCCGGGCGUAGGCAAUGAGAUCCUGACGGCCUUGAAAUUGGCGGCAGAACUCCACGUCCCGCCACGGCGCUAUGAUCUAAGAAAUGUACAAUUUUUGGAACGCUCUUGAAGAUGAUGUGCGAAAAGCCGUAAGUCGUCAAAACAACGUUAGCCUCUUCACAAAUAUAAAAUUGGAGCUAAUGGAGACCCUGCGGCCGGAAUUUUCUUCCAAGUCAAUCCAUAUCCAUACCUUUGGCUCGAGAGUAAUGGGCGUGGCAGGACCGGAUUCGGAUCUGGAUCUAUACGUGGAUAUUGGCAAUUGCAGUGGUAUAUACAGCGACACUCCGACCAAAGAAGUACUUCAACAGGGGGAGGUCAUCAAGAAAGCCAUUCAAAAAGCUGCCUCGAAGUGGGAUUUCUUGGGCAUCUCUGGAGGCAGAUGUCCUGUAAUCGUUGUCCGGCACAGGAACUCGAAUAUCCAGUGCGACAUAAGCUUCUCGAAUAGCAUGACCUUAGGCCAGAACCAGCUGGUUAACUACAUCUUUGAACUUCAGCCUAUUGCUCGCUACAUGGUCGUCUAUCUGCGGGGCUGGGCUAAAAAGCAAGAUAUUUGGUCGGACUUCCGCAGCCACUUACUGGUGCUUAUGGUGAUAUUUGUCCUGCAAAGGCAGGGACAGUUACCGACUAUCAACCAGCUUCAACAUGCUCUACAGCCGGAUGUUGGUCCGUGGAUAACCAAGUUUUGUAAACUCGAGUUAAACCACUUUAAGAUAAAUAAAAUUCCAACAAAUGGUGAUCAGGCCCGCCAAGCUCUUUCUUCCUUUUUUAGGUACUAUUCAAACUUCAAUUUUUCCCAUUUUGUUGUUUGUCCAUAUCUGGGAAGAGAAAUUUUGCGUUGCGAGUUGAAUUACUUUAUGCCCCAUAGGUAAGAAAAUAGUUGAAAAAUGGUUUAAAAAAAUCCUUAUGUUACGAAUCUUAAGGGGUUAUCCUACCCCUGACCUUUUAAAAAAUUCAUUUUUUU